GAUAAAAUAGUGUUUCUCGCGUUAAAACUUGGGUCUUACUGUAAAAUACUACAAAUAAUAAAUUAAAACAAAUAAUGUUACAAGUAUUGUACCUAUGGUCUAUGCUAGUAUGGAGUGUUGGUGGUAGUGUGUGUGAGGGAGAACUCUGUUCGCGAAAUGUGGCCCCAAGAAUUGCAGGCGGAGACAGAUCUGAACAGAACGGACGACCUUUCAUGGUGGCCUUAUACUCGCGGGUCGGCACCACAGGGGACCUGGGAUUUUGUGGGGGAGCUCUCGUGAGCCCCGAGUGGGUGAUCACUGCAGCGCACUGCUGUUUCCACAAUGGUGAAGAAGUGAAUCAUGUUCAGGCUAUUCUCGGCGCCCAUUCUUUGUAUGAUCGCUACGAGCACGGACGGCGUGUGGUGAACGUUGCCGAGCUGGUAAUUCACCCGGAGUACGAUCCUGCCACCUUCGCCAACGACAUUGCACUUCUCAGACUAGCCAACACUAUCCAGCUCUCGGAUAUGAUAUCUACGAUCCAGCUACCCUAUCGCAACAUAUCGACCUUCAACUUCGCGGGCGCCGGGGCUACCGUGUCCGGGUGGGGCAUAGCCGCCGAAGGAGUGACCUUCAUAUCACCGACUCUUCGUGAGAAGCGGAUGACGGUGUUAACGGACACUUUUUGCAACACCACGUACUACAACCAGUUGCCUGGUAGUACUAUAUGCACCUACUAUGGCACUGCCGGCACUUGUAAGGGUGAUAACGGCGGACCACUGACGAUAUUCUACAAUGCAACCGAAGAGGAUAUUUUGGCUGGCUUACUGAUUAGUUUAGUUGGUACAACUACGGUGUCAGUAUGCAGCUUUUCAUUAUUGUCUCCGAAUCGAGUGGUGACUGCUGCUCACUGCAAUUUUGAUGGUGUCCAACUGGCGAGCGAGUUUACUGUAGUUUUGGGCUCUAACUACCUGUACAUUGGCGGUGAACGAAUUGCCACUAGAAAAGUCUUUAUGCAUCCUUACUAUAUUCCUAAGUACUCAAGAAAUGAUAUCGCGAUUUUAUACUUGCCCUGGAACGUUAAGAGUACAAAUGUUAUACAUCCAAUCAAGUUACCAGACACGGCAGAUUUACGGAACCUAUUUGUUGGAUAUUGGGCAACAGCUGUUGGCUUUGGAAGCACCAGCGACGCACAAAAAGAUGCUUCGGAUGUGUUAAGUCACGUCAAGCUGCAGGUAAUGGAAAACGCUGAAUGCGCAUACAUUUACGAAGCAGGUCUUGUGACGUCUGGCAAUAUUUGCACAAGCGGAGCUGGACGUGUCGGUAUCUGUAGUGGAGACUCCGGUGGCCCUCUCAUCGCUACCGACAUUAAUGGAACUCCAUUCUUGAUUGGUAUUUCCUCCUUCAGAAGUAAGACUAGCGGUUGUGAAGGCGGGAAACCUUCAGUUUUCACUCGAGUCACUGGUUACAUGGAUUUCAUCAUUUAUCAUUUAUCACACGACGACUGUGCCGUAAUCACAGAAUAA